GCCUCCGCGAAAGAACGAAGAAAGGGAGAGCGACCAUAUCCGUACUGUACAUUAGUUGUUAUGUGGACGGUAGGGUUAUGGUUAGGGUUAGCGUCGUUAGCAAUUCCCAAUAAAAUCUACGCGUUUGGGCCUCGUCCCCCUUGCCCAAACUCCGCUACUACCUUUAGAAAGGCCUUUGGUUCCCACGCCAUCAUCUUCCACCACGACGCUCAGGUGAUGGAACGUUCUCUCGUGCUGCUGUUCUCUCUUGUCCUUCCUCCAACGGGGCGCUCUCCUAGUUCGGAAAAGAGUGAGAGCCCAGCUCAAAGGCAAUACCCAUAGAAUAUGUUUAUGAAAGCCGUGUGUGCGUUACGAAAGCUUUCCCAGAUCGCUUAGGGGCGGCAACCAAGAUCAACUCGAGCACCGAAAGCUUUGCGGAUCCUCUGCCCUAACUUGAUUCGUCAGUGCACCUCCUUCCGUGAAGGGAAUUGCUGUCACACCGCUCAUUGCGUGUC